CUUAAACUUGUAGUUGAAAUAAAUUGGUAAAUGAACAAAAACUUAGUUCUUGAAGAAUCAAUACUCCCCACGACCCACACUCCAAUCCCAACUUCUGACUAAUCAUGCUGCAAUAUAUCAAUGCAACGCAUCAUCAUGGUUGAUGACAUUUUAAACAUCGAUCAACAUCAAGCUACUACUUACGCUUUCCUUUUAGGAAAAUAGAUAUAGUUCCUCAGCAGCAGCCUAGAAACUGGUGUUUAUUACCGUAAGGUAAAACGACAGAUAAUCUCUGCAAAGAUGCCGCAGCCAACGACCACCGGAAGCGUGUCAAACACGUUCGGACCAGUCUGCGCGAUGGGCGCUGCCUCGGCAGGAUUGUAAUACUACUCUUCUAGUAGAAGGAGUGGCCCUUUUUUUUUCAAAUAUCACAACAAUCCCAACAUCAUAAUAACCUACGACCAUCGAAAUCUUCCAACUACAUCCUCAAACUACAAGAACAGCUUCAGGAGCUUCUGCAACAGCUUCAGGAGCUUCCACACCCAAUAAAAUCUAAACCUCCUACAGCUUCUACAUGUACGCUGUUAACCACAGCCGAAGUGAGUGGGUUGACGUGCUGCUGGACUACUGCCAUCACAAGCGAACCCAAUACUCCCCGAUGCGAACGGAUGCGGUACUUGUUUUUUGAAAUUCGAUCCACUUACAACUUGAUAUGAUGUUGAGGAAUGCGAAUGGCAGUGUUAUACAUAGUUUCAUUUUCACAUCAGGAAGACUAAGAGGACCAAGUUCUGUUUACUAUUAGUACCACAGGAUAUCAUCAAGAACAUACACUCUUUACCAGAUGGUGCGCAACGCUUUGAAGGUGCUGAAAGUUGUGCCGAAGUAAGAGGUUUUUUUCAAAGCCAAGAAGCGACGGCGCCAGGAUGAGGCGUUUCAAUCAUUUUCCAGCGGUAUCAUCGACGACAUUGUUCUCAAGAUUUGUAGUCAAAGGUUUUCCUCACGACCCUUCCUCACGGUCACUAAAUGAGCAAAUAGAUCGAGAUGCGCAUUUUUUGAAUGAGCAUGACUCGUGAAAUGAUGCUCAGACUUGGCAGAGGAGGACGCUCUUAAUACAGCAAGUGCAUGUGAACAGGAGGAUGCACUUACAUAGCACGAGUCAAAAGACGGGUCUAUGUCUAUCAUUGAUUUCCUGUUGGUGAAACGCAGACCCAGGGGAAGCAGUUCUGUUCGAGUUUUCUACCUCUCUUUCGCAACAGGAAUGUUGCUGGAAGCAAACCGC